AUGGAAAAGUUGUGGCCGAAUUUCCCACAAUCAGUACCGGGACUUCGCCCCGGCCAAGGUGGUGGUGACCUGACAGUCAUGUCGAGAUUCACACAUUACGCCUUGGAACUAUGGCACGAGCAUCGUAUUCCGAUCAUAAUAUCCAGCUUAUUUCUCCUGAGCCUGCUACGCAUAUACCUUCACUCGACAGCCAAGCGACAGGACUUACUAGUGCUACCGAAGUUGCACGAGAAAGAGAAAGCCCCCAGCCAGAAUGGCUCCCCGGUUGUUAGCGAUGAGAAGCCAAAACUCAUGCCCGAGCCCAAGAAGGAUAAGAUAGACGAACGGGAGGACAGUACAAGUGAUGGAUCUCAAUCGACUGGAAGGUUAAAGCGUGGACCAAGGAGGAUAAAGGGCGAACCUGGGAGGAGCGCUCGCAAUGGCACCGUCGAGGCCGGAACGGAAGCGCGAAAGAUCCAGGUGCUCGUGUUUUACUCGUCUUUGACAGGGAGCUCGGAAAAGAUCGCCCAUACAUUUGCGCGAGCAUUGGGAGAUUCGCUUGGGGGUUCCGCCGAGAAGGAACAUGGCAGCACAUUCUUGUCGCCACGAGUACUAGACCUGGCUGAGGCUGAUUACGACGAAUAUUUUAUCACGCCCCCGAAGACCGAAGGCGAGCAGACCGAUUUUUUCUACCUUUUCAUUAUCCCCAGUUACAAUAUCGACAGCAUAAACGACAGCUUCCUUGAGCAUCUUCAAGAAACGCACCACGAUUUCCGCAUUGAUACAUCACCGCUGGCGCCAAUUCUGGGCUACUCCGUGUUUGGUCUGGGCGAUAGGGAGGGGUGGCCGACUGAAGAGGAGGGGUUUUGUUUCCAAGCAAGGGAGGUGGACAAAUGGAUGGCGAAGCUGAGCGGUCGAAAGCGCGCAUAUCCCCUCGGCAUGGGUGAUUGGAAGAGAGAUGGCAAGGAGAGACUGUCUGAGUGGCAGACUGGAUUGGUGGAUGUCCUCACCCAGUUGUCGCAGACUGGAAGCUUAGGCGAUGGUGUGCCCGGCUCAGGAGACCCCCUUGAAAGCGACGACGAGGCGGAGGCGGAAGACGACGGUGAAGUGCUUUUCGAGGAAGUCGCAGAUGUCAAAGCUGGGAAGAAACAAAGCUCUGGAAGUCUACAAGAUGUGGAGGACCUAGGCAAGAUCAUGCAGAUGUCAAGACCAGACAGUGCGACCGGCCAGAAGUCACGGACGCCGCUGGCUAUUGAUUUUACUACGCAGGGCAAAUCGAGGGCCAAGGCGACAGCAACCGCCAUGGUCAAGGAAAUGGUGCCGAAAAACUCGCCUACCUACGCAGCCCUGACCAAGCAGGGCUACUCAAUCGUUGGUUCCCACUCAGGGGUCAAAAUCUGCCGCUGGACCAAAUCGGCCCUACGCGGUCGGGGUUCCUGCUACAAAUUCUCAUUCUACGGCAUCAACUCACAUCAAUGCAUGGAAACCACUCCGUCCCUAUCCUGCUCCAAUAAGUGUGUCUUUUGCUGGCGCCACGGUACUAAUCCGGUGGGCACGACCUGGCGGUGGGUGAUUGACCCUCCACAGCUCAUCUUCGAUGGCGUCAAAGAGAACCACUACAAAAAGAUCAAGAUGAUGCGCGGCGUCCCGGGCGUACGGGCUGAGCGCUUUGCCGAAGCGAUGCGCAUCCGGCACUGCGCCCUCUCCCUCGUGGGCGAGCCCAUCUUUUACCCGCACAUCAACGAGUUCCUGGGCAUGUUGCACGGCGAGCGGAUAUCGUCCUUCCUCGUCUGCAACGCGCAGCACCCGGAUCAGCUCGCCGCGUUGCAGCACGUCACACAGCUGUACGUCAGCAUUGACGCUUCGAAUCGCGAAUCGCUCCGCCGCAUCGAUCGCCCCUUGCACCGAGAUUUUUGGGAGCGCUUUCAGCGCUGCCUCGACAUACUCCGCGAGCGCCGCUUCCGGCAGCGCACCGUCUUCCGUCUGACGCUGGUCAAGGGGUUCAAUGUCGAGGACGAGGUCGAGGGGUACGCGGACCUGGUCGAGAGGGGUCUGCCGUGCUUUGUCGAGGUGAAGGGCGUCACAUACUGCGGCACAUCAACGUCGAGCAGUGCCGGCCUGACCAUGGCCAACGUGCCCUUCUACCAGGAGGUGUGUGAUUUCGUCACGGCCUUGGAGAGGGCGCUUCAGAAGAGGGGGCUCCAGUACGGCAUUGCGGCGGAGCACGCUCACAGCUGCUGUAUCCUGCUCGCAAGCGAGCGGUUCAAGGUCGACGGGAAGUGGCAUACGCUGAUUGACUACGACAAGUUCUUCCAGCUGCUUGAAGAGAAGGGCCCCGAUGGGGACUUUGCGCCCGAGGAUUACAUGGGGCCUCCAACCCCUGAAUGGGCGACGUGGGGCAAUGGCGGGUUUGACCCGAGAGAUCAGAGAGUGGAUAAGAAGGGACGGCCCAUUGAGGCGACGUAG